CUCCCAUUCUCUGUGUGUCAGUCUCUCUCUCUCUCUCUUUUUCUCUCUCUCGCUCUCUCUCUGCGUUUUUUAUUCAUCUGUCGUGAUUCGGUUGUUCAUGGCGGGAGGGCUGAGAGAGGUUCGGUUGACCGGAGAACAUCAGGGCUUGGACGGAUUCAUGUCGCGUGAAUCUUCCUCACGAAGAUUCUCAUUUACGCGGGAAACAUUCGACGAUAUAAAGGCCACCUAUGGAAACCGGAGACCAGAAUUUUAGGAAAAAGAUGUUUAGAAUAGUGUUUCAUUGAUUUGUAUUGAUAUCUCCGUGUCUAAGUCAGAAUGAUUUGAACUCUGAACUCUUUUAUUCAUGACUCGAUUUAAAUGGGAUCUGUUUUAAAUCCAUUGUUUGGAUAUUCCGACCCUCCGUUCAGAUUCAUGGAUGUGUGCACGGAGAACGGAACCGGAGACGCGGAAUGUGAAGGAUUCUCAUGUUUAUCGAGAAUCUUCGUCAGUCCAGAAGAUGUGAAGGCUGCUGUUGGUCAUGCCAAACCUCAUGCCCACCAUCAUGCCAACAGAGAGAGCUAGUUAAUAAGAUAAUACACAUAAAACAGAUUUAUUGUAGAGCUUUUACACUUUUGUCAAUAUGUUCAGUUGGAAUAGUUGUAAUAUCUUGCGUUUUCAUUAGUGCAGCUGUUCAGACUUUAGCAUUAAUCUUAAUUCUUCUCUUUCAAACCAUUUGUUGGGUAACAUCCCCUCUCAGGCACCUCAUUCCUAAUUUCCGUGUCUCCGUAAAUGUACACAUAUUUGUUUCCUACACAUCUUGAGGAAAGGGGAAUGCGGCAUCAUGGGUGUGUUUGAGCGAGGAGUGCAGAUGCUCUUGACCACAGUGGGCGCUUUGGCCGCCUUCAGUCUCAUGACCAUCGCGGUGGGCACCGACUACUGGCUGUACUCACGCGGGGUGUGCAAAAUAAAGUCCACUAACGAGAACGAGACCGGUAAGAAAAACGAGGAGGUGAUGACCCAUUCUGGCUUGUGGAGGACGUGCUGUCUGGAAGGUUCUUUUAAAGGAAUGUGUAAACAGAUCGAUCAUUUUCCUGAAGACGCAGAUUACAAAGCGGAUGGGUCUGAAUAUUUCUUACGGGCGGUUCGGGCCUCCAGUAUAUUUCCGAUCCUCAGUGUGAUUCUGCUGUUCGUGGGCGGUCUGUGUGUCGCAGCCAGUGAGUUCUACAAGUCUCGUCACAACAUCAUCCUCAGUGCUGGAAUAUUCUUUGUGUCCGCAGGUCUGAGUAACAUCAUUGGGAUUAUUGUGUACAUAUCAGCAAACUCGGGCGAUCCGUCCAAGAGUGACUCUAAAAAGAACAGUUACUCGUACGGCUGGAGUUUUUAUUUUGGCGCUCUGUCUUUCAUCAUGGCAGAGAUGGUGGGCGUUCUGGCCGUUCACAUGUUCAUCGACCGUCACCGGGACUUACGCGUGGCUUUUGCGCGAGUGGCGAGCAGCGAUUACCUGCAGGGCGCGGCCAUCACGCGCAUCCCCAGCUAUCGGUACCGAUACCGGCGCCGCUCGCAAUCCUCCAGCCGCUCCACGGAUCCGUCGCACUCGCGGGACACUUCGCCGGUGGGACUGAAGGGAUUCGCCGCGUUACCAUCCACGGAUAUCACCAUGUACGCGCUCGGGCGUGCCGGCGACUCGCUGAAAGCGCCACAAGGAUCUCCGCCGAUGUACGACUCUGAGAGAGACCCGGAUUUCCUGCAGGUCCAUAACUGCGUCCAGAAAGACUCGAAGGACCCCAACCGCCGUACCACACCUGUAUGAACACCACAGUGACCCCUAGUGGAGGGGAAGAGAACUGAAGAUCGUCAGAGUUAAACGCUCUCUGGUUGUGACAUUAUGAUGAUUAUGAGUUUACAUGUCCAAAAAAGAAAACGAAUUGCAUGAUUUUUCUUAUCUUCCAUAAACUAACAAGUUUGUAUCAUGUCUGCAGAGUUGUGACACGCUGAAAGAGAGUUUGAUGUAUUUUUGGACUGAGCUCGUCAGGAUGAUUAUUCUCAUUUCAUUUUGUCUCACAUCAAUGCUGUGAACCGUUGUGGCCGCUGUGACCCCAGGGAACAUAAAAGAAACCUACAAACUGUCCACAAUUUCUAUGUUAUAAUAUAUGUUUUAAUAAUACAUGACUAUAUAUAGAGAAUUAUAUAAACAGCUGUUAAUAAUAAACCACAAAUAGACCUCUUGAUUCAAGAAGAGGAAAAAAACAAAAGAUCAAAUCAGAAAUUAAUAAAGUCUU